UAGAGACUAGGUGGCUUACCUAUGCCUGAAACAUUUAUAUCUACAAGUCUAAUGCAAAUUCAGACAAGCAGUGAAGUUGCUGCAGUAUAACAGGCUCUGCCUCUGGAGCUUGAGAGCACAGCAAGACAAAAGCGGACAGGAUGGUGCCUUGUCCAGCCCCGGCUGUUUGUGCAGACAGAUGUGCUCACUGACUGCGUACGAUUAGAUUACUCCAUUCCUUCAUUGGACCAUGUGAGCUGAGACAGCGUUUGCCUUGAUGUGUCAGUUCAUCUCUCCUCCCACUCGCUGCAAGUGCUGCUGCGUUGUGACUGUCCGGUGUCAGUGUGUCUGCCUGGGAGCUCCUGUUUCAGGGCCCUUUGCAGAAGAGAAAUCAUGCACGGCAACAUUAGUAACACAACCACAGCAAUCAUCAAGACAACCAGUCCCAUUUUCACUACUGAUAACAACCACCCUGAAAGCCAAGAAGCAACGCAGUGUCACAACAAGGAUGGAUGACAACACUUCAAGAAAAAAAGAGAAAAAGCGGGGGGAAUAAAACCCCCCUUUCUCUGCUUAGCAGCAGGAAAACAGGUACAUCCUUAACAUCUCCGGAUACUCCUUUACUCCCAUCUUUCUCACAGAUGAUUUCUCAGCAGCAUCAUGCAAGUCUCUGUUACUCCCUUGGACCCUCCACACCCUCUGUUCCAGCCCUUUGGCUCCACAGAAGCUCUUCUCCCUCUGAAGGCACUGGUGUCCACAAAGGCUGCACAGGAUCUCCAGUGUGACCACAGCUGUCCCUACCCAUCCCUAAUGGCACCCUGGUGAGAAGCUGCUCUGCUGCUUGCCACCAACAGGUGCUGUGGAGAGCAUCCGUCUGCAAGUUAUUCACUACUUACGCUGCUUUCACAUCAACGAUGACUACAAACCUAUUAAUAUUGAAAGUAAGGACAGCAGCUGCAUAUGAUGCGUCAGACAGACGCAUGCGUUCUCCAGCAGAAAGCAAGCACAGCCAGCAAAGCAAGCUGAUUGCGCUGUCUGAUCUGACUUUGCAAUAUUUCAAGUGAGACUCUUUUUCUGAGCAGCAAUGUACACACUCAGAUAUUGCUUCUUUGCUCUCCUGAUUCUCUGUGUUUCACUUUCUUUUGUUUUCUAUGCUGUUAAUUUGCAUGCACAAAAAUCUCUUCAGAGGCUGAACUUCUCGGUGAGUUCAACUUUAGAAGAAGCCUGUAAAGCACUUGCUGAAGACAAGGUGUACUUUCGGAAGGAAAACGCUUUAAAGACAUCAUUUGGAGAAUCCAGUUGCACGGAGUACAUCACACAGAACCACUACAUCACUCAUGCCCUGUCAGCUGAGGAGGCUGCCUUCCCCAUCGCCUACAUCAUGACUCUGCACAAGGAGUUUGAAACCUUUGAGCGGCUCUUCAGGGCGGUGUACAUGCCCCAAAACAUCUACUGCAUCCACGUGGAUGCCAAGGCACCGGCCACUUUUCAGCAGGCAGUGCAGCGCCUGGUGGGCUGCUUCCCCAAUGCCUUCCUUGCCUCCCGGAUGGAGCGGGUGGUCUACGCUGGCAUCUCCCGCCUGCGGGCCGACCUCCACUGCAUGAGGGACCUGCUGGCCUCCUCCGUGCCCUGGCGCUACUUGCUCAACACCUGCGGCCAGGACUUCCCCUUGAAGACCAACCGGGAGAUCGUCCGGCUGCUGAAGGGCUUUGCAGGGAAGAACAUCACCCCUGGGGGGCUACCGCCCCCCCACAUCACCACACGCACCAAGUAUGUGCACAGGGAGCAAUUAUACUCUUUCUUUUCUUUCAUGCUGUGGACAUUUGUGCGCAAGUCACCCCCGCCACACAACAUGACCAUCUACUUCGGCUCCGCGUAUGUGGCCCUCACCCGCCCCUUUGUGGAAUUUGUGCUGCGGGACCAGCGCGCCAUUGAUCUGCUGGCCUGGUCUGAGGACACCUACAGCCCCGACGAGCACUUCUGGGUGACACUCAACAGGAUCCCGGGUGUCCCAGGCUCUAUGCCAAACGCAUCAUGGGAAGGUGACCUGAAGGCGGUGAAGUGGAUUGAUAUGGAAAAGACCCAUGGAGGUUGUCAUGGCCACUACGUUAGAGGCAUUUGCAUAUAUGGAACAGGUGACCUCAAGUGGCUUUUUAACUCCAGCUGUAUGUUUGCAAAUAAGUUUGAGCUCAGAACAUACCCCCUGACUGUGGAGUGCCUGGAGCUGAGACAUCGGCAGAGAACCUUGUCCCAGAGUGAGGUUGAGGUGGAACCCAGCUGGUAUUUUUAGCAAGCAAAACCCCAGGCUACAACAUCAGUAAAAGCUGUCAAGAGGACAGCAGCAGCAAUCUUAGUUUCUGCUGUGCCAGAAGCAUAAACUCGCGAGAUGAUUUUCUUUAGGAUGUUCUGCAGAUACAGCUUGGGUUGGCUUGUCUCACACUGCCUGCAAACCUCAUCUUCAACUUAACACCUGGAGGCCAAAAUGCAAGAGAUCCAAAAAGAGGCACCAGGGCAAAGCUCCUUUUGCAGCUGGAAAAGCUUUGCAGUUUUGCCAUUUUUAAUGGGCUGUUUUCCAGCUCCAGCUUUUAUCUUGCUACACUGACAUUGCUAUCUUUUUCUAUAAAGAUAUAAACAGAGUCAUGCAUCCCUGGCACUUCUUAUGUCCGAAAGACAGCUGUGCACACUUGGUAAUCAAAAAAGUGAGGAGUCACUGUCAGCAGGAACACAACUGAUGGCUAUACAUUCAGAUGUCACUUUGUCAAAGAUACUGAUAUUUACUGCAGAGAACUGACAAAAAAGUACUGAAAAUGUAAUAAAGCUGCUGCACUUCCCAGA